AUGAAGUAUUAGAAAUAAAACCAAAUUUUGUUUUAAUCACCAUGAAAUUACCCUCGUUUACUACAAUUGUGUCUGUUUUAUUCCUAUCAUACUUGGGUAAUCUCUUUUACUCGAUAUGGGUAAUGGUACAACCACCAUCAUGUACUAGUGAAGGUCUAUGUUUGAAAUCAUUUUUGUUACGAAAACCUAACUUAGAACUCACAAUAUUUGUUGCACCACAUUCAAACCCUCGAGGAUCGGAAGUUAUAUUUGUAAACAACUUCCUGUUACCAAAUUAUAAUGUUUCUUAUGAAAGAUUAAUGUCUGUAGAAUUACCAAGACUAACCAAACAAAAUGGAACAUUGUAUGCACAUGUAUUCUUAAGUAAAGUACAAGAACCGAGUUCAAGAAUUUAUUCUGGCGAUAAAUGGACCAAAUUAUUAACCGACCCUGAAACUGUAUACACCUUAGUACCAAUGUCUAUUUAUAAAGAACCUCAAUAUAAAAUUUUUCAAUUAUUACAAGAUGAGGAAAAUGUAAAAAAGAAUGUUGAAAAACCAGUGACACAUAUUAAGGCUGUAUUACCAGUUAGCAUGUUAACAGAACCAUUACAUAUAUCUCAAAUUCAUAUACCUAGUGAUAUUUAUCAAUAUAUAAGGUUAUAUGGAAAAAAACAAGAGUAUUUACCUAUAUUCCUACAUAAUUCUCUUCAAGAUAGAUCCUUCAAUGUUACAAAAAUCAACAAAAACAUUACACAUGUACCUAUUUUGUUGCGCUAUGAACCUUUAAGUUACACUGGGCUAAGAAUAUUAACACAAACUCAAUUAGCUAUGGUAACAUUACAACAAUUUGGAUUCAAAAAUAAAGAUAUUGAUGAAAUUAAAGCUAUUUUUGAUACAAAUCAUUAUUUGUUAUUAAUUUCAAUUAUUGUUGCAUUUAUUCACAUAUUAUUUGAUUUCCUAGCUUUUAAAAAUGACAUAUCAUUCUGGCGAUCAAGAAAAUCUAUGGCUGGAUUAUCAUCGCGUCUCGUUGUAUGGCGUGCUUUUAGUCAAACAGUUGUAUUGCUUUAUUUAAUCGAGGAAAAAGCUUCAAUGUUGAUCAUUGUACCAAGUAUAAUCAGUUCUAUAAUAGAGAUUUGGAAAGUAUUUAAAAUAAUACCAAUAGAUUGGAAAAAUCUAAAAUUAAAACAAUUAACUCUAAAUCGUGCUGAAGAAGAUACUAAAAAGUUUGAUGCUGAAUCCAUGAAAUAUCUUUCAUACGUUUUAUAUCCAUUAUGUGCUGGUGCUGCUAUUUAUUCACUUAUUUAUGAACCACAAAAAAGCUGGUAUUCUUGGAGUAUUAAAAGUCUUGUGAAUGGAGUUUAUGCAUUUGGUUUUCUUUUCAUGUUACCUCAACUUUUUAUCAACUAUAGACUUAAAUCAGUAGCCAAUCUUCCAUGGAAAACAUUUAUGUAUAAGGCAUUUAACACUUUCAUUGAUGACUUGUUUGCAUUUAUUAUUCCAAUGCCAACUGCCCACCGAUUAGCCUGUUUCAGGGAUGAUAUAGUUUUUCUCAUUUAUAUCUAUCAAAGAUGGUUGUAUCCUGUGGAUCAAAGUAGAUUUGAUGAAGAUGUUGAAGUACUUGAAUUGCCUUCUGAAGAAUUAAAGACAAAAACUGAUUAAUUUGUUGAUCAUUACAUUUUUUAUAUUAUUAUGAUUGUGUUAUAAAAAUAAAAUAUAUAAUUUUUGUUUACACUUAA